GCGAUCAAGUGGACGGCAGGCGAUUGUGGACGGAGAGCGGGCAGGAGAUGCGGCAACAGAAAGCGAACUCAAUAACGUCGGGGGUGCAACGUUUGACCGUGGGUGGUCGGGACGCCGAUGAGGCGGGUGUUGGUGGCGGACUAGCGUCGGCUGACAACGGCGAGGGCCAUUGGUCCCAGCCAGAGGAGGACACUGCGGAAGCGUUCCCCUUGCGUCCACCGAACAUGGGUGGGCGCGGUGGGAGGAGGAGGGCUGCGAAAGCCCCCGACCAUCAUCGGAGAAAGGCGGUGGCCGGAGGCGCCAACGGGGAUGGUGACGUGGACGACGAAGGUGGGCGGAACUUUUGGUCAGUCGACCAUAUGAUAGCGUUGAUCAGGGCGAAGCGGGACCAGGAUGCCCAGCUGCAGGCGUCAGGCCAUGCUUUCGCCCACAUGCGGACGAGGGAGUGGAAAUGGGCAGAAGUUCAAGAGAGGUUGUUGAAGGUUGGUGUGGACCGGCCAGCCGACAAGUGCAGGAAGAAGUUCGAUAAUCGUAUGCAGCAGUUCAAGAAGGUCCACAACUUCAUGCGCGAGUCAGGCAAGUAGGACUUCUUUCAGUUCAGCAAGGAGCAGCGGGCGGAAAAGGGAUUCAAUUUCACCAUGGAUCGAGCCGUGUAUGACGAGAUAAAGGGAGCAACAGAGA